AUGACAUCAAGAUCUGUUCAUUGGUUUCGUAAAGGACUUCGACUCCACGAUAAUCCAGCGUUACUGGCAGCACUGGAUAAAUGUGUAGAAUUUCGAGCAGUAUUCAUUCUUGAUCCAUGGUUUGUUAAGAAUUAUAAAGUUGGAAUAAACAGAUGGAGAUUCUUGAUAGAAUCACUGACAGACCUGGAUAACAGCCUUAGAAAGCUAAAUUCUCGAUUAUACAUUAUACGUGGUAAGCCAGAGAGUGUAUUUCCAGCAUUGUUUAAAAAGUGGAAAAUAACUCAAUUAUCUUAUGAAAUUGAUACAGAACCAUAUGCAUUAAGAAGAGAUAAGGCUAUAGAUAUUCUAGCUGAAGAACUUAAUGUUAAGAUAUUAAAACAUGUUAGUCAUACACUUUAUGAUACAAACAGGAUUAUAGAGAAAAAUGGUGGGAAAGCUCCCUUAACUAUAUCUAAACUACAGUCUAUAGUAAAACAAGUAGGUAACCCUAGCAAACCACUUGAUGCUCCAACACUUCAACAUUUUAAAGAUAUUAAAAUUGAAUCAGAUGAAGAUAUUAGUGAGAAUUAUAAGGUGCCAACAUUAGAAGAGUUAGGUCAAGAUCCAUCAUUAUGUGGUCCAGUAUUAUAUCCAGGUGGAGAAACAGAGAGUUUAAAAAGACUGGAGAACAGUAUUGCUAAACCAAGUUGGAUUGCAAGUUUUGAAAAACCUAAUACAGAACCCAAUAGUUUAUCACCAAGUACAACUGUAUUGAGUCCUUAUAUCAAAUUUGGUUGUCUGUCUCCCAGGCUAUUUUACUGGAAAAUACAAGAAGUUUAUGAUAAAGUCAAAAAACAUACAGCACCACCUGUCUCCCUCCAUGGACAGUUGUUAUUCCGAGAAUUAUUCUAUACUGUAGGCUAUGUUACACCUAAUUUUGAUAAGAUGGUAGACAAUCCUAUAUGUACACAAAUACCUUGGCAAAAUAAUGAAGAGUAUUUGAAAGCAUGGAGAGAGGGUAAAACAGGCUAUCCAUUUAUUGAUGCUAUAAUGACUCAAUUAAGACAAGAAGGUUGGAUACAUCACCUAGCCAGACAUGCUGUAGCCUGCUUCUUAACCAGAGGUGAUUUAUGGUGUCAUUGGGAAGAAGGUCAAAAGGUUUUUGAAGAAUAUUUACUUGAUGCUGACUGGAGUUUAAAUGCAGGUAAUUGGAUGUGGUUAUCAGCUAGCUCAUUUUUCUACCAGUAUUUUCGUGUCUAUAGUCCUGUUGCCUUUGGAAAAAAAACUGAUCCUAAUGGACUUUAUAUCAAAAAGUAUCUCCCAGUUCUGAAAAAAUUGCCAUCUAAUUAUAUUUAUGAACCAUGGAAAGCUCCAAAAAGUGUUCAGGAAGCAGCAGGUUGUAUUAUCGGUAAAGAUUAUCCAAAAAGAAUUGUUGAUCAUGAUAUUGUUAGACCUAUUAAUAUUGAAAGAAUGCAUGAAGCUUAUGCUAAACAUAAAGCAUCAAAGAGUAAAACUACAACAGAUACUCCCUUCUUACAGGCUGCAUCACUGACAGGGAGAAACCGGGUUGAAAAAUCCGAAGGUAUUAUCUCGACCUAA